AACGGCCAAACCUAGUCCUUCAUGGGGACAGGUCUCUUUAGUUCUCCCUUGGGGGUCUGUGGAGUGAGAAGGGACACUAUAAUCAGUCUGGAGGUCUGGAUGAAUGAAGAUGGCAAGAGUUCAAUGUCUCUGGAAAAGGCUCAUGGUCUGCUCUGUGACCCUCCUCUGCUGUAUAUUGCUCAGGAUGUACUACCACCAGCGUUACCCGUGGAUUUGGUCUAACUUACCGCAUAGUGCCAUUCCCUCACAUCCAAUGGCCCCCUACAUUGUCCAAGAGAACGUUAAGUGCUCUGCCAAUGAUAGCACGGAGGUCAUUCCAUCACACCUUCCCCAGUCAUACCAGGAAUUCCUGCGCCACAGGCAUUGCCGGACAUUCCCAAUCCUACAGGCCCCUUCACCUUGCGAGGAUGACCUCUAUCUGCUGUUGGCCAUCAAGUCCACAGCUGCACAAGUAGAGCGCCGUUCAGCAGUGCGGGACACCUGGGGUCGUGCAGGACGAAUCCAGGGUCGACGGAUUAAGCUAGUCUUUCUAAUGGGCCGCUCACAUGACAAGGUGCAGGGUCACGACCUCCAGCCAUUACUUGAGUGGGAGAACCGCCGCUAUAGUGACAUCUUGCAGUGGGACUUUGUGGACAGCUUCUUGAAUCUGACACGGAAGGAGGUAGGAUUUCUCAGCUGGUUCUCCCGUGCAUGCAGCAGUGCACAGUUUGUGUUCAAGGGCGAUGAUGAUGUGUUUGUGAACACAGAGAAUCUGGUGGAGUUCCUGAGAGCCCACAAACCCACAAACCACAUGCUUACUGGUCACAUCCAUGGUGGCUCCGUCCCUUGGCGAGAUGAGGGCACAAAGUAUUUUGUCCCUGUCGAGAUGUACCCAGACAAGAAGCCCUAUCCACCCUUUCCAAGUGGAGGUGGGUAUAUAAUGUCACGGCAGACUGUGUUGGGCCUGGAUGUGAUGGCCCAGAAAGUGAAGCUGUUUCCCCUCGACGACGUAUUUGUGGGCUUGUGCCUGAGGGAAAUGGGCUUUAACCCCACAUUUCACAGUGGUUUUCUGACAUUUGGUUUCAGCGCUGGCCACCAGCGCUUAGGCCCCUGUGUUUAUCAAGAAAUCAUGGUGGUGCACAAGCUGAAUCCAGUAGAGAUGCGGGUCAUUUGGUUGCUGAUGCAAGACACUCUGCCCUGUGCAUAAGAAAAAAGUAUGUUCAGAAAGGCGAACGUUCAGAAAGCGUACCACCACUUUAUACGGCUAGAUGUCAAAGAAAACUGCAAAAUUGUGCAAAAUGUGCAGAUUGGCGUCUAUUGUCAGAAUGUGCAAAUUAGCAUUUGUCAGCGUUAAUCUCAUGUUCACUUAAAGUAACUAUCCAUAGAAUAAGCAAGUAUACACAAAUAACAUAUCCCAAAUCACCAAGCAGUAUGUAUACAUAGGCUAGAUGUCAAAACAACAGUCUGUGCAAAAUUGUGCAAAUUGGCGCAGUUAAGAAGUAGGCUGUAUCUUGAUCGGCGAAACUUAUAAUUUAUUUUUCUGUCGGUCCGAUAUAGCCUACCAUUCAAUUUGCCUUAUUCACCCGGCGGCCAGAAGGCUACAGGGUACACUUGCCAUUACACCAUAAGUCCAGCAGAUGGUGGAAGUAAUGCAUUCCGUUUGCAAACUGCCAAAAAAAAACUCACUGAAGAAGAAGAAUAACAGGCCAGCGAACCCUUCUUUUUUCGGUGUUUUUGUUUUUUGGCAGUUUGCAAACCAGUUUGGCAGUGCAUUACCUCCACCAUCUGCUGGACUGAGGUGUAAUGGCAAGUGUACCCUGUAGCCUCGUUCUGGCCGCCGGGUGAAUAAGGUGAAUUGUGCCGCAAAUUAAUAGAUAGAAGCACGGCAGGGCACGCCCCUAAUGAAAAUAAAUGAAUGGAAAACAGACCCUCGCUUCUCAGGGUUGCGACUGCCUGAAUAAACGCCGAUGCCGACUCCGACUGACAACGCCACGGGACACACCGAGUCACCGACCUCGCCCGACUGUCCAUCGAUGUCCGACGGCCGAUAAUUGGGUUGGUGUGUCCGGGCCCUAGGCCUAUCUGGCCAUAAUAUCUGGUUCAAUCUGAGAAAUGCAUAAGCAUCUUAAAAGAAAACCUGAGCAUUAACGUACAUUAGGAUAGCAGUAAUAUGAGUAGACAAAUUAAGAUUUUAAUUUUUUGCUAAUUAUCUCCCAUGAUUCCACAUUUACUGUAAAUGUGUCAUACUAUUAUGAGGGUUUAUGAUGAGACAGAUGCAUAAUUCAGGAUUUUGUUUGGACAACUCUCUAGAAAACAAUAAAGCAUUGCAAAUUUGUGAAAACCGCUCAGGCUUGUCUUUGAAUUUG